AGAAUCUGACGGAUAUCAUACAGUAGACACGUGGCUAAUCCAAUAGGGUCCAUAGUCCAUAGACGAUCGGGGAAAGCGUCUACCGAGUAUCGACGUCCUCUUCUCGGCUCCACAAGUCAUAUUCCUUAUCCUGAUCCCGAUGAGACCACAUCUUCAGUCGAAUGAAGGACAGAGGGAAAACACCGGGAAUAAACUUCAAUCCGUCGAAGCAAAUUAUCCACACUUGACCCUACAAUACUUUGUGCAAUGAUCGCGCUCUCAUUGCGCUGCAGCUGCAAGCCUGUCAACUGAUAAUCCCCAGCAGGACCAAUAGUGAACACUAACACACAAGCACAGAGAGAGAGAGAGAGAGAGAGAGUGGAAAUGACGAUGAGGGUUAGUCCUCUCCGCAACCCAACUGAUAUUCUUCCUCUUAAAGCUUAUCCUCCUAUUCUUCUUAAAAUUGAGCUUACCAAUACAUCUACUGCCACUUUCCCUUUGAUAACCCCCAAAUUCAAACUCAACAUCACCAGUGGACCUCUCGUCUUCCGAAAUGCAGCAGCACCAUCCAAGUCGAAGCGGUGCCAAUGGCGAUUCGAAGCCAGCACGGCCGACCAAGCGGCCUGGGUCUUAACUACAGAGGUCGAUAUGGUGAGGGACCGUCAAGGGGUGUGGACUGCGAAGCAGAAGAAGGUAGUUGUUUUAUGGGACCUUGACAACAAGCCUCCUCGCGGUCCGCCUUACCAGGCGGCCAUAGCCUUGCGAGAGAUCGCCCAGCGCUUCGGUGAGGUUGUCGACAUCUCCGCCUACGCCAACCGCCAUGCCUUUAUCCACCUCCCCCAAUGGGUAAUCGAGGAGCGCCGCGAGCACCGCCGAACGGACACCCUAGAACGAAAGGGCCUCUCCACCCCGGCUGAGCCCUACGUCUGCGGCGUCUGUGGCCGUAAGUGCCGCACCAACCUCGACCUCAAGAAGCACUUCAAGCAGCUCCACGAGCGUGAGCGCCAGAAGAAGCUGAAUCGAAUGCGUUCCCUCAAGGGCAAGAAGCGGCAGCGCUACAAGGAGCGUUUCAUCUCUGGGAACCACAAGUACGAGGACGCCGCUAGGUCCUUGCUCACCCCCAAGGUUGGAUAUGGUCUUGCUUCGGAGCUACGGCGUGCCGGGGUUUUUGUGAAGACCGUGGAGGAUAAACCUCAGGCUGCCGAUUGGGCGCUUAAGCGGCAGAUGCAGCAUUCCAUGACCCGUGGUAUCGAUUGGCUCUUCUUGGUUUCCGAUGAUUCAGACUUCUCAGAAAUGCUCAGGAGGGCCAAGGACUCUAAUUUGCGGACCGUUGUUAUUGGUGAUUGGGACAGAGCGUUGGGUCGACAUGCUGAUUUAUGGGUUCCAUGGAUUGAGGUUGAGAAUGGGGAGGUAUCGGAGGAAGAUUUAUUGCCCAGGAGUGUGAGGAAAAGAGAAGAAUACUCGGAAGGAGGAGAGGGUCUGUUUUCAUUAACAAAUUCUGACGAAGAUAGUGACUAUGACAGCGAUUUGGAUCCUGUUUUAGAAGAACUUGUCAUCACAGACUCUCAAUUCAGUGGCCUUGGGAUUUCGGCAUUUUCAGAAGGGGAAGAAAAUUAUGAUUGAUGACGGACGAAGCAGCGUGGAGGGUCAUGGUGGCCUUCGAUACCUGCGCCCAUCUUUUGAUGAGAAUGAUUUGAUCUGGGAGUACUGAAGAAGAGUAAAGAAUGAUCUAAAAUCGGCUAGAGAUCCUCAUCUAGUCCCAUUUGUGUGCUUUGUCUAUUUCAUCUUGUACUGAAUUGGAUUAAGAUACCAAGAAGAAUAAGAAUCACAAGAUACAAGAGGCUCGGAUGAUUAAAACGAUGAGAAGGGUCAAAUAAGGAGCAUCAAGGGUUUCAUAUCCAUUUGGCUCCCUUAAUUGAGUUCAGAUACAUUCAUUACCCACAGUGGGAAAAAGAUUCCAUUCCAUCACCACACUUUAUUUCUUUCUUAUGUCUUCCCCUCAAUGAAGGCUAGCACCUCUGAAGUUCCGGCAUGGUGGGGUCCAUGAAGAAGCACAGUACAAAACACAAAAGGCGUGAUGUGCACCCACCCUGCCUGUGGCAUGAGGUAUCUAAGGAUUGCAAAAUCUCAUUAUUUACUAGUAUAUUUCAGUUUUAAGAUACAGAAUAUGUGAAAUACAUAUGCUUUUUGCAUUCAGUCCCAUUCUACAUGGUUGGACCGAGUUCAGACAUGUGCCUUGCUCUAAUUCAAAGUUUUUAAGGUGAGUUACGCAUGGGCUGCCUUGGCUUGGCAUGGUGUUCACCCCGUAAUGGCGUUUGGGAUCAAUAUGAAGAAUCAUGUGUGGUGGAGGCUUUUCCUUCUUCAGAGGAGGAAGGUCAUAGGGUUGAAGUGGAAAGCCUCCAUAACUAAGCUAGUCUUUUGGAAAUUCAGAAUUGAGAUGGAAAGUUAUUUCUGUUCCAAUAAAAUAUUCUGUUUGAGGGUCAUUUGUAAUCUGUUGGUGGACAGGUUUGGAGAGAAGAUAGCCAACUGGUCGAACCCUAUCUUUAUCCUCGUAUGUAAAUUAUAGAGGUAAAAGAAUACAUCUGUUGUUGGAUUUUGAGCAAAAUUUUUCAAACAGUUAUCACUAUCUUAUCUGUAUAAUUUAACAUGAUAGCAAAAAAUCGCAACUCUAUCAUGUAAAGUAAAUGUGCACCAGUCGUAGGUUUAAUGAAAUCCGUGCUCAUGCAAUCUAUUCUUUGAUUGGAGGUUUCCUUUCUUUAUGUUUGUGCAGAACCUAUUAUUUAGCUUUAGUCAACUUUGAAGCCUUAGCCAUGUUUCAGUAGAGUUAAACCGAUGUGGAACUAAUAUCUAUAUAUAUAUCCAUCUAUAUUUACUUCAGCAUUUUUCCACGUCUUUUAAGGUCCAGGGUAUUCAGUUAGUUCACUUAACUCAUGGCUACCAAGGGGAUGGCAUAGGGGAAAAGUAAGGGCUUCGGAUUGGAAGCGUUUAUGAAGUGGUCUAUUACCAAAGCUGGAUGAUGCUCUUCCAACUGGUGACUGUGGACAAUCAGGACAUCUCCCAACUGAUAAACAUCAAAUGCAAAAGUUGAGCUCAUGUAUAAGGAGGCAAAUCAAGCAGCUGAUUUCCCCUCUAACCUUGGCCUUGAUAUUAAUAUCUGUUCUAUUUGGCACUCCGACUAUCCUGUAGGCCUUAGUUACUGAUAGUGUUUGAUGAUGUCAGUCUCAGGGUUGGGCUACACCUGACCUCUUCUACUCGUUACGAAAAGAAAAAAAAACGGAAAAAAAAAAUUUGUUGCAAGGCUUAUUGGGAGAGCUACUCACUGAAUUGAGGAUAGCACUAUUGGAUUAUUUUACUUUGACCAUCCAAGGAUCUAAUGCUUGGUGUAAUGAUAAGAUCUUGAGUUGACUAGUGUGAAAACAUAACUUUGACCAUCCAAAUCAGAGAUGGCCACUUUGUGAAAAAAAAAUGUCAUGGGUUCAUAUCUAAUUUACCCAUCCCUAGGGGUGUUCAUAGUCCAGUUAUAUGGAAUUUAGAAAGUUAUAUAUAUAGCAAGGACCAACUAUGGAUAAUGGUCUUUUUUUUUUGUGGUA